GCCCUUGAAAGGACGUUGGAGUUGGACCUAAAUAUUUUCAAACAAAACAAUAUUGCAUGUGGGAAAUGGUAUGAUGAAUACUGCAAAAAGAGAUACCUUUGCCAACACUGAUGAUCCAUUAACUCUUACAACAGCAUUGAAGACAGAGAUACCUGGAGGUGCAGAUAGCUCUAAGAUUGAAGUGGUUUCAGUUACAGAUGAAGAUUUCCCCACCGUGGAGACCCCUAACGCUCUAAUCGUCAGUCCCCUUGGCAGCUUCAUUGCAGACUUUCAACCAGAAAACGAUCCAGGAAAACCUGCAGAGCUUCAUCCUCCAGCUGCAACUAGCCCGACCAUGCCUGUCACUAAAGUUCAGCCAUUUGUUCAUGACAACGACUUGGAUACGAGAUGGAAAAACACAGUCUUUGCUCAUCGACUUGAGCUGCUGAUUUCUUCAGGCAUCAUCUUAGUGAUGUUUCUUACCCUCAGCAUUGGCCUAGGAGUGGGUCUAGGCUGUGUGGGAAAGUUCCGCUGUGGUUCAUCAUCUCAGUGUGUCAGCACUUUGGCUCAGUGUGAUGGAACCAUGGACUGUGAAAACUAUGAAGAUGAGCUUGGCUGUGUACGUCUCAGUGGCAAGAACUCAGUUCUUCAGGUUCAGAAAAGAGGAGAAUGGAUGACAGUCUGCUCCGAGGAAUGGAACAACCAGCUGGGGAAAUCUGCCUGCAAGCAACUGGGAUACUCCAGGUAUGUGGAGUCCUUCUUCCUCUCUCUGACCUCCAUUGAGCAAGAUCUUCAAACCAACCUGAUCUCCAUCAGCUAUAGCCAGCCAGAGGUCACUAGGCUUCAGAACACUGCAAUGUUUAGUAAAACCCAAUGCAGCUCAGGGAUGGUGACCACUUUGAAAUGUAUUGAAUGUGGUUCUAGGCCUCUUUACAACACUCGAAUUGUUGGAGGUAAUAUCUCCAAACUGGGUCAGUUUCCCUGGCAGGUCAGUCUCCUCUUCAGGAGUGAACACCUAUGUGGAGGUUCCAUCAUAACAUCAAGGUGGAUCCUUACUGCAGCCCACUGUGUAUAUGGAUUUGAAAACUCCUCCCUGUGGACUGUUCAUGUGGGAUUGAUAGAGCAGCCGAUCCAUGGGGCCCAGUCUCUGGCUGUAAAAAGUAUUGUUUACCAUGCCCAGUACCAGCCCAAAGGAUUGGACUAUGACAUUGCAUUGAUGGGACUAGAGGAGCCACUUGUUUUUAAUGGCUUUGUGGAACCCAUUUGCUUACCUAACUAUGGAGAAGAGUUUUCAGAGGGCACAAUGUGCUGGAUCUCUGGUUGGGGAGCAACAGAGGAAGAUGGAGGCACCAGUGUUGUUCUACGCUCAGCCAUUAUCCCACUUAUCUCUACAAAGACUUGCAACCAGCCAGAAAUUUACAAGGGUCGAAUCUCUUCUUGGAUGAUUUGUGCAGGACACCUGGAAGGAGGAAUUGACUCCUGUCAGGGGGACAGUGGGGGUCCUCUUGCAUGUGAAGACUCUUCUGUGUGGAAGCUUGUUGGGACAACUAGUUGGGGGAUUGGCUGCGCUGCAAGAAACAAACCAGGUGUUUACACUCGCAUUACAAAGCCACUCAGUUGGAUUCGUCUACAGAUGGAGAGAGAAGAGACUUGGAGUCUACCAACUCAGACAGCAUAAAACUUAAAAGCGAAGAUUUGAUCAGUAUAUUUCCUUGUUUCACGAAAUAUUCAUAG